AAAAAAGGUUCUUUUCUUGGUUUCUGGGGUUGUCUUUACGUAAACGAAGCAAAGUAAUCUAAUGAGCAAAAGCGGCAACCCACCAUAAAAAUCUAAUUGUAUAUUUCUCAGUUUUCCAGAAUCAGAUCUCUCUCCAUCUCUCUCUCUGCCCCUAACGGCUUUUCUUGCUAGUUUGAGAUUGUUAUCAUGGAAGGAGUCAUUGUGAGGAGAGUUAUACCAUCUGACAACAGUUGUCUCUUCAACGCAAUCGGUUAUGUCAUGGACAAGGACAAGAAGAAAGCUCCUGAGCUAAGACAGGUGAUAGCUGCAGCAGUUGCAAGCGACAAGGAGAAAUAUAACGAAGCAUUUCUAGGGAAGCCUAAUGAAGAAUACUGUACUUGGAUUCUCAAUCCAGAGAAGUGGGGAGGUGCGAUUGAGCUUUCGAUAUUAGCAGAUUAUUAUGGUCGAGAGAUUGGAGCUUAUGAUAUUCAAACUAGUCGAUGUGACUUGUAUGGACAGACCAAAAACUACAGCGAAAGAGUUAUGCUGAUCUAUGACGGUCUUCACUACGAUGCUCUCGCUUUGUCUCCAUUUGAAGAUGCUGAGGAAGACUUUGAUAUGACUAUAUUUCCGGUUGGUAAAGAUAGAUCCAUUGGUCCCAUUGAAGGGCUUGUUCUAAAUCUAGUUAAGGACCAACAAAGGAAAAGGAGUUACACGGAUACUGCAAACUUCACUCUGCGUUGUGGUGUUUGCCAAAUUGGAGUUAUUGGACAAAAGGAAGCUGUGGAACAUGCUCAAGCAACUGGUCAUGUCAACUUCCAAGAAUACCAUUAAGGGAACGAUUGAUUUUAAUUUUAUCUUGUCAACAAAUUCAGAUUCUGUGUGUUGUACAAUUCAUAUUAUGUUGUUUUCUUCCUUUAGAUGUAUCCUCUCUUCAAGGGGAGCAUCAUUGUUGUCUCACCAAUAAUGUCAUGAAAAUUUGGACAUAUUUGUCAUUCAUUUUUCUCUUUGGUUCAAAAUAAAAACAUUCCAACA